UGCUCAACACUAAUGUUGUGUCCGCAAUUGGAAUAAACAAUUUAAAUGUAGACGAUUUGUUGACGGAGAAGAACGCGGCACAACAUUAACAAUUACAUAAAUUAGCCGUGGAAGAAGCAUAAAUUACAGGACUCGUUUGUUCUGGCUGGAAACCGCUACUAACCCGGAGAAACAGUUUCAGGCAGAGACGAGGAUUAUACCCAUGGGCUGAUGAUUAGCACAAGAGUGCCGAAGACGUCACAUCACAAUCUGAUGAGAAAAAACUUGGCAUUUGCCUGCACCCGAUAAAGAUGAUGAUGUUGGUGAUGAUGAUGAUGAUGAUGACGGUAAUGAUGAUGAUGAUGGUGACGUCGUUCAUCGUGUUGUAGUCCGUCGCCGCAACUAUUAAUAUGUGCAUAUAUAAAUUGAAUGCGAACAAUGCCACACAAGUGGCCGACAACACAAUAUGAACAACUCACACACACGAGCGAUCCCAGUGAUAAUAGUUAACACAAAAAGAGAAUCUCAGCAGCUUCCAGCAGUUCGUAGGGUCGUGUGAUGUAAGCAGAGGAGCGGCUAUAGAAGGAGGACGACGACGAGCGACAACGACAUUCAAUUACAAUUACAAUUGCAUAGGAAAAAAAAUAUAUAGUUGCCGCCAUGAAUCAGGGCAGCGAGGAACGCAUUGCUGCCAGCUCCUCCAACAGUCCGAGAUCGUUGUUUGGUUUGCUAACGAAACGACCUAGCAAAGUGGAGCCACAUCCCGUUACACCCGACUCUCCACAUCAGCAGCAGCGUCGACCCGUUUCGGCCUGUGGCCAAUAUGAUGUCAGUUUUGCCAAAUGUGCAGCUGCCCCACUUGAGAUCAGCACAAUUUCACAAAACCAUGUAGUGGCUGCUAAUCAUCAUAAAAGUCAAACUCUACCGCUCGAGAAAUCGCACAGUGCCCUAAUAAGCUUCCAUAGGCGUAGUAAACCCACGGCCAAGAGUAAAGGGCAUACACAUCGCUAUAGUAGUGAUGCUGGUUCCCAGAGUGAUGGCGGAGCCGAUGUGGUCAUGCGUCGCAAGUCACCCAAACAUCGUUCGCCCAAUCAUAAUCGAUUUAGCCAUCAGUUCAGUCUAUGCUGCAAAGCCGAAAAGAAGCCCCUAACACCACCAGUAACAGUGCGUUACAACUCCAUACCGGACAAUGGGAAUGUACUGCGUCGAGACAAUCUCUCCUUAAGUUGGAGCAUGGUGGAUAAUCAAUCGGGAUCGCUAAACUCUAGCGAAGGGGCAGCAUCUACGUUUCAGCGUCCGCGGCCAUCGAGCGAAUGUGCCAGUGCACCAGAAUCUCCAGUCGCCACAAAGACAUUCUUCUCAACAUCCGCCAUGGCCACCUCAGCAUCGCCCACUAAUCUGUCAACGCGAAGCGAUAGCCUACAUCGUGCGCCCAUACGUCCAAUUGCUGUUUCGGCAUGCCGAUCACGUCUGCGUUUGAAACUGUAUCCACCAGGCAAGGAAUUGCCUCCGCUGCAACAGUCUUCGGAUGAGGUGGUGGACAUAAAAAGGGCAACCACUCCGCAGCACAUGUCAUCGCCGAAUAUUGCCACACAGGAGGAAGAUGGGCAUAGUGUGGAACAGGAAAUGCCCGGCAUGCGUUUCAUGUCCCAUGAGAAUAUGACACUUCAACGUCAGGGUUCCGGAUCCAAUUUGGCUCGUCAAGCUUUGGUGGCUGCACAUGCUCUCAACUUGAUACCAGCUGAGAAAGCACGUGAGCGUAGCUAUCUUGAUGGCCGCUUGGGUUCCUCCUCGCUAUUGGGUCCCAGCGAACUGAGUCGAGUGUUGCCCCAAAAGGAGGUCACCAUUUUUGUGGGCACUUGGAAUAUGAAUGGUCACAGUCCGCCCAAGCAAAUGAAUGAUUUCGUGUUGCCAGCGAAUGUUGAACAUGUUCCGGAUAUUGUGGUGGUUGGCACACAGGAAUCCACCCCAGAUCGUUUUGAAUGGGAGGUCACAUUGCAGGAGACCCUUGGACCAUCCCAUGUGCUAUUCCAUUCAACGACAUUGGGCACUCUCCACUUGGCUGUCUAUAUGCGACGUGAUCUCAUUUGGUAUUGCUCAGCGCCAGAAGAUGCAUCGAUGUCGGUGCGCACGGGUUCGGCUUUUCGCACAAAAGGCGCUGUGGCAAUAUCCUUCUGCCUAUUCGGUACCUCUAUGCUCUUUGUCACCUCCCAUUUGACGGCGCACCAGCAGAAGGUGAAGGAACGUGUAUCAGAUGUUAAACGCAUUAUUAACGCCUUGGAUCUGCCACGGAAUUUACCCAAUCUAAGGCACAAGAACAAGGAUGUUACCCAAAACUUUGACAAUGUCUUUUGGUGCGGUGAUCUUAAUUUCCGAUUGAGCGAACCGCGUGAAAAAUUGCUAGAAUGGAUACAAAACACAAAAUUUCCAUUACCCUCGCAUUUGCCCCAUGGCUAUAUGCAUACGGAUCAGCUUACGUCGGUUCUUGCAGAUGGUGCAGCUUUUCGUGGCUUCAUGGAGGCAAAUAUAACGUUUCCACCCACCUACAAAUAUGAUCCGGGUAGCCAGAAUUUUGAUACCUCAUCAAAGCAACGGGCUCCGGCCUAUACCGAUAGGAUACUAUAUAAAUAUCGUCAGGUUCAAGGUCUGGUUAUAAGACGACAAAGCAUCGUGCCGGGCAUAUCCACACCCACGCAACCUUAUGUUCAAUGUCUGCUGUACGAUUCGGUGCCAUCGAUUACCACCUCAGAUCACAAGCCAGUGUGGGCUCUAUUUCGCACUCUCAUACGAGCUGGAACCGAUGCAAUUCCACUGGCCGCUGGUUUAUUUAGUCGUGACAUUUAUCUGGAAGGGAUGAGACGACGUCUUAAUAACCAAUAUACAGGUGCCUCGGCUGUAUGUGCCAUACAGUAGAAAAAAAAGAGAGAGCUAGAGAAAGAGAGCGAGAGAGAGAGAGAGACACUAGUCAAAACUAAAACUCUAGAUCGUUAGCUUAAUCUUGAUCUGGAAUAACUCAUUUAAACUGAUUCUGUCUGCUAGUCAGGACAUUGUCUAUAUAUAUAUAAAUAUUAUUUCCUACGGUUGUGUAAUGCCUUUGUAUUAUACUUAGUUUAGCCUAAAGUCGAAUACCAAAAAACAAACAAAAGAAAACCAAAGGAUAGAACAAGAUGCUGCAGAAAUACUAUAAAUGAAAACUAAAUAACUAAAGAAUACUUUAAUACUCAUGCUGCUGCAGUAGUUCAAUAUUAUUGCCUUAAGGUCUUUGGCCUUACUUAGUUGUAAAAGGUUCCUUAUGAAAUUGAAUACAUAUACUCCACAGAGUAACAAAUAUGUACCUCUCUCUUUAUAUAUACAAAAUAUAUGAAUAUAUAGAUAAAUAUAUAUGUAUACUUUAAAUGCACAAGCCUAGUGUAUAGCAAAAUCCUGAAAUCUGUUAGCUAAUUAUUAAUAGUUUAGUGCAAAUAUUUAAAUGAAGUCAAAUUAUAUUUAUGAAGCUACAAUGAAAAUGUAAUAUAAAAGUAAAAAC